GAGAUCAUUUCGUUCCAUCAGAGGAAGAAACAUCCUCCCUGUUACACUUUCUUUCUCUUGUUUUUUUUUCAAUUUCCCUCUUCUCUGCUAUUUUGCUUCUACUUUCUUUUUUUCUUCUCAAGAACCAAACAGAAUACUCCGAUAAAAAGCUAAAAACUAAUUAUUGUUUGAUUAAUUAGAUGUCGAGGAUCUGAAUUCUAAAGAGAGCCGUGCGAUACAGGAGAAGGAAGAGAGACAAAUCUGAGAAUUUGUGAGAAAUUUUUGACGACUGCCAAGCUACUUUCUGAAGAUUUUUCGACUAAGUUAACAUGCAUAGAGGCAGAUCAGCUAAUUACAUAUUAAAAUCUUAAACAUCAAAUGAAAGCCGGAAGAAUAGGCUUCGUAUGUUAUUAUUCUGUUGAAAAUCCAAAGUAAAAUUUGUGCUUAUACCAAAGGACUUGAAGAAGGAAAGUUUUGACGGCCGAGCGAGCCUGAGCUAUUGAGAAAAUGAUGGAAAGGGACUCUUUAAGGAGCAAUAACAAUGGUAAUAGCACCAAUCACAACAAAAAUAAAGUCAGAGGUGAUGCAGGAUUGUUAAGAUCUAGCUUAGAUUCUUGCCAAACAAACGGCGUCGUCUUCUAAUUUUGUUUUGCAGUGGGGGAAUCGGAAGCGUCUAAGGUGUAUGAAGAUCCAGGUCAAAGACGAUCAAUCCGGACCAGUUAACCGAACCACCGUUCUAGUCGAUCGCCGAGUCGUGAGGGCCGAUAAGGACUCUUCAAAUCAGCCAAGCAAUAAUAACAAUGACGGGACUGGGUGUUUUAACCUCCGUCAACGGCCUGCUUCUCCUCAGGCUCCGCCACCUCAGCGCAUUCUCAGGAACUGUGAGAAUUCUAAUCCUAUGAGAGGCCAAAGCAACGGUGGUAUAAGGGGAUUCGCUUCGCCAGACAGGGCGCACGAGAAGAGAGGUGGCAACCAGAACAAUUACAAUCACCACCACACCAACAACAAUGAUAACAACCACCACCACAACAAAUCAGCUGCAUCUUCAGAGACGGCUCACGAUAGCAGAAAAGGUGGGUCGUCUUCCGGGAGCGGUGAGGUAGCUCCUGCACCUAUCGUCUGGCCACCUAAGCUCAUGAUUGCUUUAACGAAUAAAGAGAAGGAAGAAGAUUUCAUGGUUUUUAAAGGAUCGAGAUUGCCACAACGACCUAAAAAACGGGCUAAGUUUAUUCAACGGACCCUCAAUCUUGUAAGUCCGGGGACAUGGCUAUGCGAUUUAACCCUCGAGCGAUACGAGAUCAGGGAGAAGAAGAUCACAAAGAAGAGACCAAGAGGUUUAAAAGCUAUGGGAAAUAUGGAAUCUGAGUCUGAAUAGAAAGCUCGGAAGGCGCUGUUUAAAGGUUGGUUUUUUUUUAAAGGCAGUUGAUUUUUCUUUUUCUUUUUGGUUGAGGAUGAGACUAGCGUUUAAGCUGUGUAAAUGGUUAUCUUUAUUCGUCUCUGAGAUGAAUGGAGAAAGAUUUAA